CCUAGUUGUCUACACAACACUCGAAGUGGAGGAGGACCGUGGCAACGGCGGGUGGUGAUUCAGUCGUUAUCAAUUUUACACUUUUCGAUUCGUUUAUUACCACAAAAAAACACACCACUGAAGAUAUUUUUCUGAGUUUCAAUUCUGUUUGAAGCAUCACCGACAUUGAAGCCGCGCUCCCUUCUCAUUUUUUUGUUCAUUUCUUUAACUUUUUACAUCACUGUGCUGUUUUCUCUCUCUACCUACCUUUCUCCCUGUCCCUCUGUGUGUGUGUGCUUGAAAUUGUGACUUCACAUCGUGUUUUUUUCACUGGUGGAGCAGCCCAACGAACUCAAUAAUACCAGAGUUCGUUUUACUGUUGGGUAAUACAAGCAGAAGUAGUGGAUACAACAAGGAACCAAAAAAAGAGAGCAACGACAUCCCACAGGGCUAGUACUUGGUGAUUGUCUUCACUCCAUUUCCAACAAAUGGUGAAUGUAUCGGGGUGUAGAUCCACCCGUUAGUGUGUAUAUUUGUGUGUGUAGUGCGUGUGGUGAUUCACGCUCUUCUGAGUGUACCGGGCCUUUCCGUUUGGACAGAAGGGAAUAUCAACCGAAACCAUCGAAUCAGUUUCUCCAGGUAUUCUGACUACGAAGGGCUUAUUCACUCUGAUAACAAGUGACCAGAGAAGCUUCAUCUUUUGUUACUCGCGAUUGUAUGGAACCAGAGAGGAUAUUGUUCAGCCAAAAAUAACAGAAGGAACGCUCAUUCUUCCAGAAGAACAUCCAGCCCUAACGUCGAUUUAUUACGAUAUAUGUUUAAAUAGAGUAGUUGCUCCACUUCCCUCAUUUUAGUUCAAUCUGAAUAUCAUUUUUGGACGUUAACGGGUUACAUGUGCAUUUGUCCCUAAGAGCAGCGUUACUGUGAUCCUGAACAAUUGUGAUUUUUCAACUAAAAUAGUAUUGAAAACACUUUUUAGACUACCUAGAAGAGGAGAGUGGGAGAAGCUUCGAGUUUUUACAAUAAUAGAGGGACUAGUGAAGGGUUCCACCAUCAACUGAUUCAUAGGAAAAUCUUGAUCUCAACGUAGUGGAAUAAUUAGUAACUUCAUAAUAAUUUUGGAAUACUGAGAAAAACGAAAUUCAAAGACAGGAUUUUUAAGGAACAUUGUAGUGUAAUCAUUGAUUUUUGGAUAAUCAUUGUUCUUCGUUGAUAAAAUUGUGAAAAAAAGGAAAUUUCAAUAACGUGCCUAUAAGUCGAAGCGACGGCGGCCACACAGGGACUACACCAGAAGUAGCAUAAUGUCAGAUGAAGAAGACAAACCACCUGCGCCUCCAGUUCGACUCACUUCUAAUAGAGGCGACUCAGCCCCAAAUUUACCGGUAGAUAUGCGUCCGCUACCAAAAGAACCAGACUCGGAUGAGAGAAAGAAGAAAAUACUAAAAGGAAAGAUGAAAGUCAGAGAGAAUAAAGAUAAGCCUAAUAUCAGUUAUCCAACAAAUUUUGAACACACUGUACACGUGGGUUUCGAUGCUGUCACUGGAGAGUUCACGCUGCCACUGAAAGGAAUGCCAGAAGCAUGGGCGCGACUACUUAUGUCGAGCAAUAUCAGCAAGCAGGAGCAGAAGAAGAAUCCCCAAGCAGUACUCGAUGUUUUGAAUUGGUACGACAGCAGCAGCAAGGAAGUGAAGGGAUCCAAGUAUAUGACCACCACAAAAAUGGUUGGAGUUGGUGCUCCUGUAGACAGGGCAAGCAGUCCACGCAGUAUGGGAACGAGCGUAAACUUUGGAAUGGGAAAUCUUCGGGGCCAGGCGAUGUCACAGGCCUCCGGCAGCUCGCAUUCGCAACAAUCAUUAAGUCGAGUUAGCAGUAGUAGUCCAAGUAGUACCCCAACAGACGCAUGUGCAACAAGUUCCGAGCAGGAAGAUGAUCCACCACCUCCACCAAUAUCAGCAAGACCUGAGCGCACGAAAUCAAUCUACACAAAACCAAUCGAGGAAGAACCGUUGUCACCGCCACUCCCCACCUCUCUGGGUUCACCUCAACGAAAUGGGACUCCUCAACCGCAACAUCAAUCACUUGAUAGAAAUAAAAAUCAAGCGAGUCCAACACCAACUGCGACUGAUCAGUCGAGGCCAGCGCAGAGUGAUAGGGCUCGUAAGAAAAAAAUGUCCGAUGAGGAGAUAUUGGAAAAACUGAGGACAAUAGUUAGUGUUGGUGAUCCAAACAGAAAGUACAAUAAGAUGGAGAAGAUUGGUCAGGGAGCUUCCGGUACGGUCUACACAGCAAUCGAAACCUCAACAGGAAUGGAAGUGGCAAUAAAACAAAUGAAUCUUUCGCAACAGCCAAAGAAGGAACUGAUUAUAAACGAGAUUUUAGUGAUGCGGGAGAAUAAACAUCCAAACGUCGUUAAUUAUCUCGACAGUUACCUCGUUGGUGAGGAACUCUGGGUAGUCAUGGAAUAUCUUCCUGGUGGUAGUUUAACAGACGUUGUGACUGAAACGUGUAUGGAUGAAGAACAAAUAGCAGCUGUAUGCCGUGAAGUGUUACAGGCACUUGAAUUUUUGCACUGUAAUCAAGUUAUACAUAGGGAUAUUAAGUCUGAUAAUAUAUUACUGGGAUUGGAUGGUGGUGUCAAAUUAACGGAUUUUGGAUUUUGCGCACAAAUAUCACCAGAACAGAGUAAAAGAACAACAAUGGUUGGUACACCCUAUUGGAUGGCACCGGAAGUUGUUACGAGAAAGCAAUAUGGACCGAAAGUGGAUAUUUGGUCACUGGGUAUCAUGGCAAUAGAAAUGAUUGAAGGCGAACCUCCAUAUCUCAACGAGAAUCCUCUUCGAGCAUUAUAUCUAAUCGCAACGAAUGGAAAACCAGAAAUCAAAGAGAAAGAGAAGCUUUCUCCGAUUUUUCAGGAUUUUUUGGACCAGUGUCUGGAGGUGGAAGUCGAAAAACGUUCAGGAGCAUCUGAAUUAUUGAAGCAUCCGUUUCUGAAAUUUUCAAAGCCAUUAGCUUCUCUUACACCGCUGAUAAUGGCAGCUAAAGAGGCGGCUAAGGGACACUAAAGACUUCACAUGAACUUUUAGCACUGAAGAACGACGGAAAAAAAAGAAGAUAACAAAGUAUUGAAAGUGUAUGUGGAUAUCGACCCUCCCGAAAUGGUAACGGCACAAUAAUUUAAUAAUAUAUAAUGGUUAAUGAGUAUAAAUAGCAUAUGUAUAGUUUAGUAUUAGUUUAAAUUUAUUCGAUACCGAGUAAGUAUCGAAUUAUUAUUUCGCGAUUCACGAUACAAUCGAUUCUCUAUAACUAAAAAUUCAAUGUUGAAACCUAUGAAAUGAAUAAUGAUCUGGCAUAUUGUGGGAUAGAACAUUCACCAGUGAUUCGUUUCACAUUGUAAAUGAAUGAAAGCUUCUGGUGACAUUAUUCAAUCCAACGCCAGUUAUUUUCUACAAACGAUAAAUUAGUAUUACACACUCAAGUUGACAAAGAGUUAGCGAACUAUUGACGAAUAAUAAAACAGCAACAUAAACUACUGCAAGAACGCUGUUAGAUAUUGCUAUUGACUUAAGCAGAUAUGGAUGAUUGAUUAAGAAAUAUCUAUUCUAAUAAUAUUAUUUCAUCAAAGAAUAUAGUGAAGGAGAAAAAAAAAUAAUGAUUAAACGAGAACAAGAUUGGUCUUCAUGUCAGACUUAUAUUUUUUGAAACAUAAAAAUUGAAUUGAAAGGAAACACUGAUAAAGAUAGAGAAUGUGAGAAUGUUUAAUUAUUUUUUAUCGGUCAUUGUAGAUUUGCAAGCAGCCUUCAGGGGUAUUUCAACGGGGGUUUUAAAAUUUCACUGAUCUUGAAUAAAAAAUACUAAAUAAUGUAAAUCAUCGUGGGAUUGGGAAAAUUUUUGCAUGAAUUAAUCGAUAAUCAUUAAUCAAUUUGCAAAUAGGGAGAGACUGUUUUAGAAGUUGUACAGUUGAAGAAUAAAUUGUAUAGAAUCUUGACUAAUGUAUAUGUUUGGAGGAUAAUGUUUAAUGAGACAUUGUUUAAUGAUGUUUAAAUAUCGUGAGCAUCUGUCGUUCGAAGGGAAGAGUCGUCUUCCAAUUUUGGAAAAACUCUGUGUAACAUUUGAUGGAUCAAGCUGAAAAUUGGAUAGGAUUUUCAGUCCUGAUAACAACCGAUUGAAGUACGAGGUUUGUUGGGCCGAGGACCAAAUCAGUCUUUGACAUUGUCACCCAGGAUUUAUUUAAUGCUAUUGCGACUUUCAUUUAACAUUCUUUCAAGUAUGUUUACUCAUUUUUUGAUUGGACAACUUUUAGAACUUAAUAGUCUCCCCUUAAUGGAUUUUCUGAAUUGGUUUUUGAUGGAGGAAGAAAAGUCCCAAUGAACUGAAAUUCUGCAAGAUUCGUUAAUAAUAAAUUUAGAAUAUUAUUGGAAAAUAUUGAAGUGUUGUUGCGUUAUUUUCAAUUCUUCUCUAGUUAUUCAAUUCGUUUUUUUAUUCCGAAGAAUAAGUGAAAUUAGCACAUUUUAGCUGCUUGUGUGUCGAAUUGAUUGGUUCACCUGGUUUAAUGUACCGCAUAUUUUUUGAUGAAUUUUUUGGUUGUUUAUCAACGAUUAUUGAAAAAUUUCAGUUCGCUAUCGCUUUUUAUGUUCCUCAAUACCAAAAAAGCAAAGAAAUCUCUCAAGAACUGUUUGCAUGAGUUUCUAAAAAUGAAUAAGUUCGGUGACCAAUAACUAUAAUCACCAAGCAGAUGAUAAGAGCUUGACAGUGACAAGCAUGUAUUGGUCAUUAAUUCAGUCAUCGCAUAAACCAGUGAAAUUAGAAGAAAAUUAUUUGACUGACUUUUAUCAAUUAAAUUGCUCAAGGCUCGGAUCCUUUAUCGUAGGAACGUCAUCUAAACCAAUUAUUUUGUUCAAUUUUUAUUCAAAAAUUUUAACUUGAUAAUCCGUCACUCAGAUACUCAACCAUUAUAAAUUUGAUUAGAAAAAGAAGCUGAAAAAAUAUUCAACAUUUUAAAAGUGCAUUUUUUUUCAAAUAUGGAGGAAUACUUUUAUAAUAAGUCGUGAACAAUUUAUAAUUAUUUAUAAUUACCACAGCGUAUCGUGGUCCAUGAGUCGUUAUCAUCGACAGAGACAACAACACAGAAAAUCCUUUGAAACAGCAUAACUAACCGCUUAUCGAUCAAAAACUUCUUUGAACAAGUUUGAAACAUUUUUAUGAAUUUUUUUGCUUAUACUUUUAUGACCAGUAACUCAGCACUUCUUCCAAUAUACUCAACUGCAAAAUUUACGACCGAUCAGCUGCCCCUUUCCUGGGGCCCCAAUGUCGUUGGUUACUGCAUAACAGACGGCGUGGGAUUGUCGGCAACGAUUGCCAGUGGAAAGUGACAGCUAAUCGGCAAUAAAUUUUUCAAUUCAAUAUAUUGGAAAAAUACUCACUUAGUGGUCGUAACAGUGAAACCGAAAAAAUCAUAAAAAUAUGUAUAUAUAUAUAUAAUUUUUUAUUCGCUAUUUCCUUUGAUGUUACAAAUGUCUUCUUUGCUUUACCUCAACUCCUGCCUCCCUCUCUGUCAAUACCUUUUUUUCUACCUUCUUGCAUCUCCUUCCCCUGCGGUGCCAUGAAACCUGACUUUUUCCCCAACUGUACUGCACCAUAAAAAUAUAUUUUUUUAUUUCGAAGAACCUUUUUCCCGUCAGUAGUCUAAUUGCGGUGUGCCAAAGUGUUGCCCCACAGGCUGUCCUUUGGCACACUAAUUAGACAUAAUUCAUCUCUCCUCUAAUAAGAACAUUCCUUCAUAUUUUGAAAAAAUGUUAUUUCAAAUUUUUCAAUUAUCCAAUUUUUUUUCAAAUUCUUCUUUUAAGGGAAAUUUAUUAUUAGCGAGUAACUGAGUUAAAGUUGCAUAUAGAAAUUGAUCAAAUUAAUUGAUAUAGAUCACACAAAGGUAAUGGCCUCGAACUUUGACUGAAUUUAUUGAAAAUUUCGUAUCGUGCAUUGUAAACAUCGGAAAUAAUAAGUGCAAGUAAAUCGUAAUCUUGAUUGAAGUACAGUUUUACAUUUAUUUGUGUCGCCGUGCUAAUUGAGAAAAAGAAAAACCAGAAAAAAAAAUGAUCUAAGAAAUUUUAAGACAAGGCUGAGGACGUAGGAACAAUUAUGUUGACACUUUAAAGUGCCUGUACGUCUUGUCAUGUUUAGAGACACGUGUGUGGUAGUAACGAAAAAAACACCAAAAUGUAAUAACGAUGAAGAAAGUAGUGGUGUAAUCCUUCAGUGCGAAAUAUCUCGCGUGAACAGUUUAUAAAGACGUUUUUAUUACUCUUUCGGCGAAGAAGGACUUCAUGGAUGGCAUACUAAUGAAAAAUAUCGUUCGUCACUGAGCCGAAAUAAUAAGCUUCUGCACCAAAAGGAUGUAAAAUAGAAUAGACAUGUGGUCGUGCCAAUUGACCUUCCAUUUCCCAGUCAAUGGGCCUGAUAAAUACACUGAGACAAAAAUAUCGUGGAUUCUGCGAAAUAUAUUUUGUUGAACGUAUGUUCUUCCAUAUGAAAAUAGAAUUCCAUUGUUUCAACAUUUUAAAUCUUCAUUUUACCAGUGGAUUCCCUAUAGACCGUCGAUAAUAAUGACAUAUUCGUUUGAAAAUUGCUCGUUAUUCAAUUGAAAAUAUCGACCGUAUUGCAUGCGAUCCCGGUGACGACGCCUUCAAUAAAUUUUCAGAUCGUUUGAAUGUAUACAUUCAAACAACAAUUAAAAUGUGAUAAAAUAUUGAGGGAAUCCAAAGGAAUAUACGAUAGAUUUGAUCCCAAUCAUGAGGUUUUUGUUUAGAACCCUCAGGAUAAAUCAAUUAAUCAUUCAGUUUAAUCACGCAAUUCAUUGAAAGUGACCAGAUAUUUCGUAUCAUCAACGACUCAUUCCGUUAGUACUAUUGGAAAACAAUGUUUAAAUAAAAUGUCAUGCGUUCGUUGUACGACAAUUUUCUCUCAGUGUAUACAAACAAAGAUAAAUGAAAUUCCUGGGGAGAUUACGAACUAAAGGUGCGAGGCGAAUCCAAUAUUUUCUUUCAUCAUAAUAUAUUAAAAACAUACAUGUUAAAACUGUUUUUCGCACACAAUGAUGAAGAAUAUUGUUCUUCGCACGCGCCUCAGGAAUUUUUUUCAUUCGUAAAAUUGAGUCUUCGGCUAUUUCUCAGUCCCCCACCGAGUCUCCUAUAUUUUACGUCUUCUGGUGAUUAACAUAUUUGUCCAUCUGAGGCUAUAUACAUCCACCGAAAAUAUUUACUUCGGCUCAGUGUCAAAAUAUACUAUAAUUUGAGGCCGUCAAAUAUUCAGCGUUUCUUUGAUCUGCCUAGUGCGGGAGUAAUAACUUUUUUUGACUAUUUACUGAGUCGGUAAGAUCUUUGCAUUCACCAGGAACCGAAACAAAAAACACUAAAUUGGUGCUUCUUUGCUAAUAAAUCCAGAGCGCUUCUUGGCUCAGUUGAUGGUGCGAGAAAAAGAGUAGAAGUAAACCCCGUUUUUAGAGAGUGUCUUGAUUUUUGGUGAGAUUCUUGGAGUAGUGCUCAGCCGGAAAAAACAAAUAACAGGGCCAUUGUCAUAUAUGUAUACAUAUAUUGUUUCAAUUCGAAUUUUUUACUAACAAACCCCUCAUGUAAUUUCUACUGCUUUCUAUGAUUUCGUUUUUGUCUAGAGAAUGGAGAAAAAUUCUUUAUAUUUUGUUAUAUACAUAUAUACAUACAUGUGUGUGUGUAUGUAUAGAUAUAAUCGAAUAUAUAUAUAUAAAUAAAAUACAAUAUAUAUUAUAUAAAAAAACUAAAUGAGGAAUGUCAGAAUUUGACAGUUAUGCGAAUAAGGACGAUAAUAUACCUACAUUGCAAUGAAAUAUAUAAUUAUUAUCACAUUUUACUUGGUAUUGAAGAGAAGAACGUAAUGGUAUUUAACGAAUCAGGGAAUCUACACAUGAAUUGUACAUUUUUGAAUCAAGACGAGGAAUGAUAAUUCAAUGAAAUUAAUGGCAACCUUGAGAAGAUUUGGAUCAAUAAAUUUUUCUUAGCGACUCA